AUGAGCGGGUACCCAACCGAGGCAAAUCCGAACUCUAAGAUUUCCGCUUUCGGAACCGUUAAUGCCCAAAUGAUCAGUGGCCUUCCAAUUCUUCAGCUCCGUGAUACAGUCAAAACAAACAACGGACCACAAUUUGAUAUCGUUGAUGAAGCUAUCUACCACUUCCGCACAAAUAUUUUCAUGCGCGAUUUCCCAGCUAAGACAGGUGCUGACCGUCUCAUCAUUUAUCUCACAUUCUACGGAAUGAAAUGUUUGAAGUUCAUUGCUAAAAAUAAGACUAACAAGCAAAAAUGCCAGCUUGAACUCGAUGGCUGGAACUUAAAGCCAUUCCCAAUCCCAGGCGAGGGCGGCUUCAUAAUUGAUUCAUAUGUUACAGCUCCAGCUGAUAAUCAAAAGACUCAGCUUCGUGAGUACUUCAAGAAGCUCCGUAUCGAGAUGGGCAACAGACUCCUCGCUAGAAUCUUCUCCCUUGGCCCAGAGGCUGAUAAGUGGUGGGUCUGCUUUGCCAACAAGAAAUUCCUCGAUAAGGAAAUGGCAAAUUAA